GGCGCGGUGGCCUUGGCACUGAGGUGCGCGGGAACUCUGUGGGGCCCUUCCCGCCCCCUGGCCCGCCCCAUUCCGGCCGCCAUGGAGGACGAGCUGUACCUCGAAAACAUCGAUGAGUUCGUCACCGACCAGAACCGCAUUGUGACAUACAAAUGGCUGAGCUAUACUUUAGGAGUCCACGUCAACCAGGCUAAACAGAUGCUGUAUGAUUAUGUGGAGAGGAAACGAAAGGAGAACUCAGGAGCUCAGCUUCACGUCACCUACCUGGUAGCAGGAAACCUCAUCCAGAAUGGACAUACAUGCCACAAGGUUGCAGUAGUGAGAGAGGAUAAGCUGGAAGCAAUAAAGUCUAAACUGACCACGGUUACCAGCAUCCAUGUGUACAGCAUUCAGAAAGCCCUGCUCAAAGACAGUGGGCCGCUCUACAACACAGACUACGAUAUCAUCAAAACCAACCUGCACAACUGCAGCAAGUUCAGUGCCAUUCGCUGUGCUGAUGCAGUCCCCAGGACUCCAGCUGAAGUUGCUCAAGCACGGACGUUGGCACGGUCUGCUUCCCAGACACCGAGUGACACAAGCACUGUCAGCACACCACCACUCAAUGGCCACGGUCCUACAGCUGCUAAGCAGAGCUCGCAGCCCCCCAAGGGGAUCAUGGGGAUGUUUGCAGCCAAAGCUGCUUCCAAAGCCCAGGAUGCAAAUAAAGAACCCAAAGCUAAGGAGGCUCCAAGUGUGUCUGCAGCGAGCAGUAAGCCAUCAGCAAAGGCCAACAUCAUGAACAACUUCUUUGGAAAAGCUGCCAUGAGUAAACUCAAAGUCAACUCAGUGCCUGAGCAGCCAAAGGAGGAAAAAGAAGCUGUCAAGACUUCAGUUCCUGCAGCAGAACCAGAGUCAUCCCCUAACACCAUGGUAGAGAAACCUGGGAGGAAAACAGAGCCUGCUAAAAUUCAACAAAAGGACAAAAAGAGUAAAAUGAAGAGGAUGGACAAGUCUGACAACGAGGAGGAAAGAGAGCCCGAAAAUCAAAAGAAGAAGAGGAAGAGAAUCAAACAACUGGAAUCUGACAGCAGUGAUGAGGAAGGUGUCCCAGCAUCUCCCACACUCCAGGAAGAGAAAGCUCCAUCUCCACCACCUCUGGUACCUGCUCUGAAGGCUGAGCUGGAGCCAGCAUCCGCUGAGGCUUCAACUGGGGGAAAGAAGAGGAAACGGAAGCGUGUGCUGAAAUCCAAAAUGUUUGUUGAUGAAGAGGAAGGCUGCAUGGUGACUGAGAAGGUUUACGAGAGUGAAUCCUGUACGGACAGCGAGGAUGACUUCGCCAAGACCAAGCCACCAGCUGCCCCCAAGCAACCUGCACUGCCUGUGAAGAAGGAACCAAAGGAAGAGAGGAAGAACCAGAAGAAAGGGGCAGCCACAGCCAGCAGGGCCAACAAACAGGUCUCCAUCAUGGGCUUCUUUCAGAAGAAAUGAACUGACUCUUUCCCCCGCUCCCUUUGGCAGCUUGAGUGUGUUGUUCUCUUUGCGUGGCUCUCUGAAAGCUGCUGCACAGGAGGAGGACAACAUGCAAUCUUCCAUUACGUAAGAUAUCUUGCUUACUGUGUAAGUAAGCCCUUUGGACUACAUUUUGUAUUGGGAAGAAGUUUUAUCUGUUCCUGCAAUAACUUCAGUCUUCGCUUUUAAGCUGUGUGAAAAUCACCACCUGGAUGCGACAUCUGGACUGAACUCUUGAAAGACUGUUCAUCUAUUUACAUGACAUUUUAUUUUCUUUUUUUUUUAAGAUGGCCUUUUAGCAGCUUGGUGUUAAAGGCCCAUUCCACAAGUGGUAGAAUGGACUCCACUGGGAGUCAAGUUCUGGCAUCAUCUUUUUCUUUUUUCUCUUUUGUUUUCCCCUUUCCCCCCCCUGUUUUUACACUCUCAGCUCUCCACACUGAUCCAAACGUUCACGUUGGUGAGAAGCUGCAAUGUAGCAGGUCUUCAGGCACACACACGGAUAUUGAACAUCUGCUUCAGCUUGAACUGAAUGAAACAAACUUAAUUUUCCCCGUGAGGCUGGUAAAUAGUUUUUGCUCUGCCUUUCGUAACCUUCUUUUGGACAAAGCGGCGCAUAUAAAAUUCUCUUACCCUUUUC